AUGGAGGCUAGACGAUUUCCCUCCUCAAGACAAAGGCAAGUCCUGUUUCUUUUUCUGUUUGGGGGAGUAUCCUUCGCAGGCUCUGGGUUUGGACGUUACUCGGUGACAGAGGAAACAGAGAGAGGAUCCUUUGUAGUCAAUAUAGCUAAGGAUCUGGGGCUGGGGGACAAGGAGUUGCUUGCAAGGGGAGCGCGGGUGGUCUCUGAUGAUAACAAACAACACUUGCUCCUGGACUCUCAAACUGGGGAUUUGCUUACAAAUGAAAAACUGGACCGGGAGAAGCUGUGUGGCUCCAGAGAACCCUGUAUGCUGUAUUUUCAAAUUUUAAUGGAUAAUCCCUUUCAGAUUUACCGGAUUGAGCUGAGGGUGAGGGACAUAAAUGAUCAUUCACCAGUUUUUCGAGAUAAAGAGACAGUCUUAAAAAUAUUAGAAAAUACAGCUGAAGGGACCUCAUUUCAACUAGAAAGAGCACAAGAUUCAGAUGGAGGACUUAAUGGUAUCCAGAACUAUACUAUCAACCUCAACUCUUUUUUCCAUAUUAAAAUUAGUGGCAGUGAUGAAGGCAUAAUAUAUCCAGAGCUAGUACUGGACAGGGCGCUGGAUCGGGAGAAACAGCAAGAGUUCAGCUUAACACUCACAGCGCUGGAUGGUGGGUUGCCACCCAGGUCUGGAGCCACUAAUAUACACAUUGUGAUCCUGGAUGUCAACGACAAUGCCCCUCAGUUUUCGCAGGCAAUCUAUGAGACCCAGGCUCCGGAGAACAGCCCAGUAGGGUCCUUUAUUGCUCAAGUCUCUGCAGGAGAUGCAGACUCUGGAAUCAAUGCAGACAUAUCCUAUUCAUUUUUUGAUGCUUCUGAAGAUAUUCUAACAACCUUUCAUAUCAAUCCUUUUUCUGGAGAAAUCAUACUCAGACUGUUGCUUGAUUAUGAACUAGUAAAGUCUUACAAAAUAAAUAUACAGGCAAUCGACGGUGGGGGCCUUUCUUCAAAAUGCUCAGUUUGGGUCGAGGUAUUAGACACCAACGACAAUGCCCCUGAACUGAUCAUAUCAUCACUUUCCAACCAUGUGGUAGAGAACUGUCCUGAGACAGCAUUGGCUGUUUUCAGGAUUAAAGACAGAGAUUCGGGAGAAAAUGGAAAGACAGUUUGCUUCAUUCAGGACCAUCUGCCGUUUCUUCUGAAACCCUCUGUGGAGAAUUUUUACAUCCUAAUGACAGAAGGGGCACUGGACAGAGAAAGGCAAGCGGAGUACAACAUCACCAUCACGGUCACUGACAUGGGAACCCCCAGACUGAAAACCGAGCACAACAUAACCGUGCUGGUGUCCGACGUCAACGACAACGCCCCCGCCUUCACCCAGACCUCCUACACCCUGUGGGUCCGCGAGAACAACAGCCCCGCCCUGCACAUCGGCAGCGUCAGCGCCACAGACACAGACGCGGGCGCCAACGCCCAGGUCACCUACUCGCUGCUGCCGCCCCCCGACCCGCUCGUGCCCCUCGCCUCCCUCGUGUCCAUCAACCCCGACAACGGCCACCUCUUCGCCCUCACGUCCCUGGACUACGAGGCCCUGCGGGCCUUCGAGUUCCGCGUGGGCGCCACCGACCGCGGCUCGCCGGCGCUCAGCAGCCAGGCGCUGGUGCGCGUGCUCGUGGCGGACGCCAACGACAACGCGCCCUUCGUGCUCUACCCGCUGCAGAACGCCUCGGCGCCCUGCACCGAGCUGGUGCCCAGGGCGGCCGAGCCGGGCUACCUGGUGACCAAGGUGGUGGCGGUGGACGGCGACGCGGGCCAGAACGCCUGGCUGUCGUACCAGCUGCUCAAGGCCACGGAGCCCGGGCUGUUCGGCGUGUGGGCGCACAACGGCGAGGUGCGCACGGCGCGGCUGCUGAGCGAGCGCGACGCGCCCAAGCAGCGGCUGGUGGUGCUGGUCAAGGACAACGGCGAGCCGCCGCUGUCGGCCAGCGUCACGCUGCACGUGCUGCUGGUGGACGGCUUCUCGCAGCCCUACCUGCCGCCCCCGGAAGCGGAAGCGGCGGCCGCGGCGCCGGCCGACCCGCUCACCGUCUACCUGGUGGUGGCCUUGGCGUCGGUGUCGUCGCUCUUCCUCUUCUCGGUGCUGGUGUUCGUGGCGGUGCGGCUGUGCAGGAGGGGCGGGGCGGGCUCGGCGGGUCGCUGCCCGGUGCCCGAGGGCCACUUCCCGGGCCACCUGGUGGACGUCAGCGGCACGGGGACCCUGUCGCAGAGCUACCAGUAUGAGGUGUGUCUGAUGGGAGGGACUGGGACGAAUGAGUUCAAAUUCUUGAAGCCGAUUCUCCCCACUGUUCAGGCACAAGAUCCUGGGAGAAAUAGUGACGAAAAUCCCACAUUUCGCAAUAGCGUUGGAUUUAAUAUUCAGUAA